UUCCAGACUUAGCGUGUUGCGUAGGAUUGAAGAUCGGGACGAGGGGUUACGCGAAGGUGAAAAAUCGAAAGAAAAUCAAUUUAAGGCGAAAACAAACAGGCAGCUAAACGUACUUUCAGAGAAAAUGUCUGAAUUAACCGUGACUACAUCAGUGGGGACGGUGCACGCUGGUCAGGCUGAGGGGAAGAAGCCUUUGAAACCAUGCUGUGCGUGUCCUGAGACCAAGAAAGUCAGGGAUGCCUGUAUAAUUGAGAAAGGAGAGGAGAACUGCAAAGAUCUGAUUGAAGCUCAUAAAGAGUGUAUGAGAGCCUUGGGAUUUAAGAUUUAACAAGGCACUGUCUUUGGAACUGUGUGGUUUUGUCUUGGAUUAAAUUAAAGUGUGCUGUGCUGCCUGAAAUUGAAUGAAGAUGUAUGGGGAUAUGUUGCUACAGAAAAUAACUGUCACAACAAAAGCUGGAACUAAUACUUGUCUUCAGUGAAUAUAUCAAAACUUAGUCAAAUGACCAAUAUCAUUUCUGCCUUUUUUUGUUCCACAGUUAUAUAAAAUCGAUACUUAAAUUUGUAAGAUUUAUCCUUCAAUAAAACUUUGAAAAUA